AUUUAACGACAGCACCGAAAAUUCAUCCCACCGAGCGCUACUUGUCUUUCCCUUUCUCACCACACUGUUUUCUGCUGAAUUUUCUACUUUUCUCGGGGAAUUUUCUUUCCCUGGAAAUUUUUUUUCCCAGGAAAGAUUGUUUUUCCGAGGAAAAAAAAAAAAAAGUAUCUAGAGCUUCCAUUGUUUCUAUCGACGCUUUUCUUUGGUAGUUUCAAUAAAAGAAACCAAAAUAAUAAAAAACUCAUCUGGGUUUUGAUCAUGGGCGGUGAUUCUCCAAUAUCAGAGAUGAGAGCAUUAAAUAAUCAAUUUGACUGUGAAAAUGGAAACAAAGUGUCUUCAAAGGAAGGGAAGGGAACGAGGCUAUGGAAGAAAGUGAAAUAUCAGCUUAUUGAAUACCAUGCAUUGCCUAGCUUUUUAAGGGACAACGAGUUCAUUCUGGGUUAUUACCGAUCAGAAUGGCCAUUGAAGCAGGUGUUUCUAAGCAUCUUCUCCAUUCAUAAUGAGACUCUCAAUGUGUGGACGCAUUUGAUCGGGUUCUUCCUUUUCCUUUUCCUAACCAUAUACACAGCAACAAAAGCUCCAGACAUCAUGGAUCUUUCUUCCUUCCAACGUUUGCCUGACAUGAUUAGAAAAGCUGAGUUUUACAAAAUUCAUCCAGAACUGUUGAAUUGCCUCCCUUCACUACCCAACCUGUCUGAUAUUUAUAGAUUAAAAGACGAAUUGAAGCCAUCUUUGCCCUCUAUGGAUUUCAUCUCCUCAGUUUCAGGGAAUAUAAGGGAACUUCUCGCCAAAUGCUUGCCCGAGCGGUUCUCACAUGCCUAUCAAACAGAGAAUUCUGUUCUGCAUGGAGUUACAGAUGAUGUGAUGAACAUAGUGGCCCCCCUUAUGUAUCGACCUAUUACAAGGUGGCCCUUCUUUGUCUUCCUAGGUGGAGCCAUGUUCUGCUUGCUAGCCAGCAGCACAUGCCACCUCCUUGCUUGCCAUUCAGCGCGCCUUUCCUACAUAGUGCUUAGAUGUGACUAUGCAGGCAUCGCUGCACUCAUCACAACCUCAUUUUACCCUCCUGUUUACUACUCCUUCAUGUGCAACCCUUUCUUUUGCAACCUCUACUUGGGCUUCAUAACAAUACUAGGUAUCGCCACCAUUGUUUUCUCCCUCCUCCCACUUUUUCAAGGACCCAAGUUCCGUAGUUUUCGUGCUUCUCUCUAUUUUGGGAUGGGCGUGUCUGGUGUCGUUCCUUUAGUUCAUAAACUCAUAGUGUUCAGGAAUCAACCAGAAGCCCUUCAGACAACCGGCCUUGAAGUGUUAAUGGGGGUUCUUUAUGGACUGGGGGCUUUGAUUUAUGCUACAAGGAUACCGGAGCGGUGGAGACCAGGGAAGUUUGAUAUUGCUGGCCAGAGUCACCAGCUUUUCCAUAUCUUGGUUGUGGCGGCAGCUUACACACACUAUCGUGCUGGGCUGGUGUACCUAAGAUGGAGGGGCUUAGAGGGUUGUUAACUUGUUGCUAUUGAGACUUUGGGGCCAGAAUUUGAUCAUAGUAAGUGGGUCUUUUCUAGCCCUUCUUCUGUAUUGGGGUUGGGUUGGGUUCUUUUUGUGUUUGAAAACCUUUGACAAUUUGAAUCAAGGUGUGGCUUUACUUUUUCUUUUUGGCCAUAAUAAAGUUUGUAGGGUCUUUGGUCUGAAAGUUUGGACAUUUUUCUUUUAUUGAUCAAAACCUUCCAGCUAUGUAAUUACAAGUGUACCUAUACUGUAUAGGCUCCACCUAGUUUAGCAGGUUGGACAAAUCCCCUCAAUUUGCAUCCAAGGGGCUUGCGUGAACGGGCAGCCUUGAAGUAAAUGGUUCAAGUUUCAUUGGAGGUGACAGUUCUGUUGAUCCUUUGGAAUGAGUUGAAAGAGGGAAAGCAAGAACCCAAUUGUGCUCCAAAAAUUGAACAAAAUAAAGGUGAAAUUGGUGACUAGAAGUCAUCAGUUUUGUACUUGUAUUCACGAACUUCUUGUUCACCACUUUAUGCAAAAAGCUUGUACUUUGUGUGUGUGCUUAUAUGUACGUACAUUUCUAA